CAGGAACCGGGUACGCAGGCGGUGGCUGGGGAGCGGGGCUGGACGCCCAGAGCCAGGCCGCCUGCGGGGAGCGCAGACUGGCGGUGGGGGACCCGCUGGACAAGGCCCAGCUCCCCCGUCGCCCAGGGGGUGGGGAGGAGGCUGAGCGAGAGGAGAUGCUCUUGGGGCCUGGGGGUGGGAAAGAAACGCCGCGAGCAGGCUCCCCACUUCUCGCGAGAGAAUGGACCUCUCCGCGCGCCUGCCUAGGCGGGCACGUUCUCCCGUUGCCGACAGCCGCUCUCGCGAGCGUUGUGUGCCCGGAAGCAGGGCCGGCCACGCGGCAGAGCGGGACGGAGUCCUGCGUGCGGCUAGAGCCGAGGAGUUGGGGGAGGGAGCGGGUUCGCCACGUCCUGUACGGGAGCCGCCGAGGGACAGAAGCUGCGGCAGCAACCGGCCAGAUGCCCAGCGCCGCCCGCAAGAGCCAGGAGCGCGACCGAGCUAGCAUGGAGCCGCCGCCUGCCGAUGAUUAUGCUAAGGAGAGAUAUGGCGUGUUACCACUGAUACAAUCACAAGAGAAAUCAGAUCGAGUUUUGGUUCGAAUAAAUGACUUGACAGUAGAGAAAGCUGAUGAAGUGGUUUGGGUUCGUGGCAGGAUUCAUACAAGCAGAGCUAAAGGGAAGCAGUGUUUUUUGGUCCUACGUCAGCAGCAGUUUAAUGUCCAGGCUCUUGUGGCUGUGGGAGACCAUGCAAGCAAGCAGAUGGUAAAGUUUGCUGCCAACAUCAACAAAGAGAGCAUUGUGGAUGUUGAAGGCAUUGUGAGGAAAGUGCAUCAGAAAAUUGGAGGCUGUACUCAGCAAGAUAUUGAGCUGCACGUUCAAAAGAUCUAUGUGAUCAGUUUGGCUGAGCCCCGACUGCCUUUGCAGCUGGAUGAUGCUGUUCGAGCUGAGGUGGAAGGAGAGGAGGAAGGAAGAGCUACUGUAAACCAAGAUACACGGCUGGACAACAGAGUAAUUGAUCUGAGGACCUGUACUAGUCAAGCUGUCUUCCACCUUCAGUCUGGUAUCUGUCAGCUCUUUCGAGAAACUCUCAUUCACAAAGGGUUUGUGGAAAUUCAGACUCCCAAAAUCAUCUCAGCUCCCAGUGAAGGAGGAGCGAAUGUGUUUACUGUAUCCUACUUCAAAAGCAGUGCCUACCUGGCUCAGUCCCCACAACUGUACAAGCAGAUGUGUAUUUGUGCUGACUUUGAAAAGGUUUUCUGCAUUGGACCAGUGUUUAGAGCUGAAGACUCCAAUACACACAGACACCUAACUGAGUUUGUUGGUCUGGAUAUUGAAAUGGCUUUUAAUUACCACUAUCAUGAAGUGGUUGAUGAGAUUGCAGACACCUUAGUACAGAUAUUCAAGGGACUUCAAGAAAGGUUUCAAACUGAAAUUCUGACAGUGAACAAACAGUUUCCUUGUGAACCAUUUAAGUUUUUGGAGCCAACUCUGAGGUUGGAGUACCGUGAAGCUCUAGCUAUGCUCAGGGAAGCUGGAGUAGAGAUGGGGGAUGAAGACGAUCUAAGCACACCAAAUGAAAAGCUUCUGGGUCGUCUGGUGAAAGAGAAGUAUGAUACGGACUUCUAUAUUCUUGACAAAUAUCCUCUGGCUGUGAGGCCUUUCUAUACAAUGCCGGACCCAGGAAAUCCCAAAAACUCCAACUCCUAUGAUAUGUUCAUGAGAGGGGAAGAGAUUUUAUCUGGGGCUCAGAGAAUUCACAAUCCUCAGCUGCUGACAGAAAGAGCCCAGCAUCAUGGCAUUGACUUGGAGAAAAUAAAGGCUUACAUUGAUUCCUUCCGUUUUGGUGCACCUCCCCAUGCAGGUGGUGGGAUAGGGUUGGAAAGAGUAACUAUGCUCUAUCUGGGACUGAGCAAUGUUCGUCAAACUUCCAUGUUCCCUCGGGAUCCCAAACGACUAACUCCUUAAGACGUCUGUCUGAAAGCUUCCUCCAGUCCCCUGCUAUUGAUCAGCCUAUACCCUGACUACUUGUAAUAUGCACUAAAAUAAGGAAGUCAAAUCUACUGAAGUGCCACGACAACAAUAUUUUGAAUCCUUCACUACUGUCUGUUUAAAGGGAAGUAUUUUAAUAAAUCUGGACUCUUUGCAAUAGGUGUGUGUACAUUUUUUAUGUAAUACGUUGAGUUAACAUUAUACUAAUGCAUUACUUAGUAAGUUUCUAAACACUUCAGUUUUGAUAAAUUGUUUGUGCAAUAAAGAUUACAAAGAUAUGAAUUUUUAACUUACAGCAACAAGAUUGUAUAUCCUAUAGUGCAGUAUUUGAUUGAAGCUUAAACAAUAACCGUAGACAAUGGUAACCUAAAAAGCAGGCGGAAAGUAGCAAGUUGCUAACUAAUUUGCAUGAUAAACUGAGUAUUAUGAAAAGCAGGUGAAAAGUUGAACUUUCUUAACUAAAAGUGUUCAUACUAAACUGUAAAAAUAGAUUGCAGUAAAACUGAAAGUAAAUUAUC